AAGGCGAUGGUCAGCAUGGAAGGUCAGUUUUUAGUGCGACAAACAUAUGAUGAUGAAAUCACAUACAAUCUCAUCGGUGCUGCGGUUGAAAUAUUAAAUAUACCAGCGGAUGAUAUAUUGGAACUUUUUGGUAAAACCUUCUUUGAAUUCUGUCAAGAUUCAGGUUAUGAUAAAAUUCUGCAAGUGCUUGGCGCCACACCGCGCGAUUUUCUACAGAAUUUGGACGCACUGCAUGACCAUUUGGGCACACUGUAUCCGGGCAUGAGAGCGCCUUCUUUUCGUUGUACGGAAAAAGAUGGCUCGUUGCUGCUGCACUACUACUCAGAACGUCCUGGCUUGGAGCAUAUUGUUAUUGGUAUUGUAAAGGCUGUAGCAUCUAAAUUGCAUGGUGUUGAAGUAGAAAUUGAGAUCGUCAAACGGAAAGGUGAUCCCAUCGAUGAAGAUGACCGCACAGAUGUGUUUACACAACAACAACAACAACAGCAAUCAAGUAGCACAAUAACCACUGGAAAUCUGCCUGAAGAAAAUAACAAUCACAAUAGCACCAAUAAUAACGUCAGCAAUAACAAUAACAACGAAAGCGAUGUAGAUGAUGACGACGAUGUGGCUUUGCUAUCAUCAGCAGCAGAAGUUAGCAAUAAAAAGCAAGCCCGUUGUCCUUUUAGCCGCACCAAAUCUCAUUCGGCCUCUUCGAUGAGCAGCAGUAGCAAACAGGCGGACAGUUUUGAUUGCGACCCAGAUAAGCAGGAGCAGAAAUGUUUACGUUUACUCAAAAACAAAAGUGACGACAUCGAACGUUAUGAUCAUGUUCAAUUUCUGAUACGUGAAAUUGGUAACAGCAGCAUCAGUAGCAAUGCAACGGUGGGUGUUGGCAAUACAACAACAACAACAACCNCGAACGUUAUGAUCAUCAAUGCAACGGUGGGUGUUGGCAAUACAACAACAACAACAGCAACUACAUCGUUAGCCUCGUCGACAAGCGGUGAUGAGCGUACGAUAGCCAUGUGCAAGGAGGAGGCCAAAGAGCCGCCGGAUGAAGUGGAUUUUCUGUGUGAAGCGCCACUUAUCUCGCCCGCCACAUUUUGCAAGGUGUUCCCAUUCCAUUUGAUGUUCGAUCGACAGAUGAAAAUUGUGCAAGCAGGAAAAUCCGUUUCGCGCGUCAUUCCAAGAGUUUCGGUGGAAAAUUGUUCGAUACUAGAAGUACUUGAGGCCAUACGUCCGCAUCUACAGUUGAGCUUCGAGAAUAUUUUAUCGCACAUCAAUACGAUUUAUGUUCUGCAGACGCGUCAAGGUGCAAUGGGAAAGCAUGAACGUUAUCUGCGGUUGAAGGGUCAAAUGAUGUACAUAGCAGAAUCUGAUCGUAUCUUGUUUCAAUGCUAUCCCAGCGUAAUGAAUUUGGACGAUUUAACAAAGUGA